UCCACCGCUGUGCCGGUGGCGUGGCACUCGCUGCCCGCAACAUUCUCCUCAUUAGAGAGAGAGAGAGAGAGAGAGAGGGAGAAGGGAGACCGAGGUCGUGUUUUGGUUGGGGUUGGGAGGUCGUUGGUCGUAUUUGUUGGGCUAGCCCCCUCCCUUCCCCUCUCUGUGCCAGAGAGAGAGAGAGAGACAGAAAGAGGGAAGAAAUUUGGUCGACUUCUUGCUUCCUCUUCUUCAGUUCCCAUUGCCUUUUCUUUCUCUUUGUAAUGCUGAACCCGUGAAAACGCUCACCAAUGGCUAGCUUCUUCCUCUGCCGAUUCAGGCUUUUAUGUGCUGGCAAUCGGAGCGCAUUAAAGAUUGAUUCUCGACGAAGUAGCAUUGUAAUUGCAAAAGGAAAGAACGCGGGCCCGGUUGUUCUUGGCUAGAUAGUAGAUUUUGGUAAUGGAAGACACUGGGCAAUGGAAGCGUGCGCUAAUAGAUGCAACAGCUGGGGCAAUAGCAGGCGGCAUCUCAAGAACAGUAACAUCACCAUUAGACGUCAUAAAGAUAAGGUUUCAGGUUCAACUUGAGCCUACUUCUUCAUGGGCUUUUGUUCAUAAGGAAUUAUAUGGAACAUCUAAGUACACCGGAGUUCUACAAGCAACAAAGGAUAUAUUCAGGGAAGAAGGUUUUCCGGGAUUUUGGAGAGGCAAUGUGCCUGCACUUCUUAUGGUCAUGCCUUAUACGGCAAUACAGUUUACAGUGUUGCAUAUGUUGAAGACUUUUGCAGCUGGUUCAUCAAAAUCAGAGGACCAUAGUCGUCUGAGUCCAUAUUUGUCUUACGUUAGUGGUGGUUUGGCUGGGUGUGCGGCAACUGUUGGAUCCUAUCCAUUUGAUCUUUUACGAACAGUUUUAGCCUCACAAGGUGAACCAAAGGUGUAUCCGACCAUGAGAUCUGCUCUUGGUGACAUUGUUGGAGCACGUGGUUUUCGAGGUUUAUAUUCUGGAUUGUCACCAACACUUGUUGAAAUUAUUCCUUAUGCUGGCCUCCAGUUUGGUACCUACGAUACGUUCAAACGCUGGACCAAGACAUGGAAUCAACGUCAGUGUACGCAGCCAAAUUCAAGCAGGACGGAUGACAACCUGUCAAGUUUCCAGCUCUUCCUAUGUGGGUUAGCUGCUGGGACCUGUGCAAAAGCCGUUUGUCAUCCUCUAGAUGUUGUGAAGAAGAGGUUUCAGAUUGAAGGACUGCAAAGACAUCCAAAAUAUGGGGCGAGAGUUGAGCAUCAUGCCUACAAGAACAUGUGGGACGCUCUGAGUAGGAUCGCGAGCGCCGAAGGCUGGGCGGGUCUCUACAAGGGCAUCAUCCCAUCAAUAAUUAAAGCUGCACCCGCAGGUGCAGUAACUUUUGUUGCUUAUGAAUACACAUCUGAUUGGUUGGAAUCUGCAUUAUCCUGAUCCCACAACGUAUUUCCUCUUGGUCUGAAACUUUAUCAAGUUCAUUGUAACAACAAUCAAUUUUAUUGAUUCCUUUAUUGGGCAAUUUUUCAAGAGAUGCAAACGGUAGAGAUGAGUAUAAAUCUAUUGCGAGAAUUUUUACCUUUA